AUGCCUAGACUCUCCUCAACUAUCGCGGUCGCUAUCAUCGCCUUUACUGGCAUAUGCGCUGUCGACGCUUCGAGCCUUACAACCUCGGACGAACGCGUAUAUUCAAGACACUUUGCGCGUCAUCAUCCCGUCCCACGUGCUAGCAACAAGCACGACGUAGCAGUUGCUGGACUCGAGACUAUUGGAAAGACGGCUGUCGCCGGGGCGGAAUUACAAGGGGCUUCAACUUCAGAAUCUCAGAGACGCUCGAAUCCCGACGAAUCGGAAUUUAUGCCUCCACCUAAGAAUGGUCGACUUACACAAACACACACGUUCUUUCGUUUAGUGGGAUUACGCUCACUCCACCAAAGACAUCUCGGAAAAGCAGUUAAAUUAGUAGAGCAUGCAGCGAAAGCUACCGAAGGUGCUGCUGUGGUGGGCACGGCUGCUGAGGGUGCUGAGAGUGCUAAGGAUAGCAAUGAGGGCCGUUCACUGGACCAUGAAUAUGUAUCACUUGGCAAAAGAAAAAAGCCCAAGAAAGCUAAAUCCAAGCCCAAACAUGAGGAACCCAAACAGAAGGAACCCAAACCUGCAAGUGAGGGUACUAACAAGCACGAUGUGGCUGUUGCUGGUUUCCAGGCUGCUGGAGAGGCUGCUGUGGCGGUGGCUGGUGCGCAAGGAUCUUCAGCUUCAACUCCGGACACCUCAUCCCCGUAA